GACGAUAUCUAAAAAGAAAUUAGACAGAGACAAAAAUGGCUGCGCCCAUUGAUUCAGCAAGUGUUGGUCAAAACCAAAACAUCAUUGAUGAUUUAGAAUCUUCCUUCUUGAAUUGUUUGUCACUGUUGACCACCCAGGAACAGAUCAAUGUUCAAGAUUCAGAGGAAACAAAAACAAGUAUAGAAAAUGCUAUGCAGAGAUUCCUGGAGUUAUCUCGACAAACAGAGGCUUUCUUCCUGAGAAAGAAAAUGCUGAUCUCCUACCAGAAGCCUGAACAACUAUUGAUUGAUGACAUAGAUAACCUAAAAGCUGAGUUGGCUAGGAAAGAGGCGUUGUUGGAGAAGCAUACCGAGAGGUUGAAGCGAUGUCAGAUAAUUCUGCAGCAGCAAGGUGCAGCGCCUGGUCAGCCCGUGCAGCAACCUCAUCCUGCCCCAACACAGCCAAGCAUGCAGCCGCCUCAGUCACAUCCUGUACCGCAACAACCACAUAUGGCUCAGGGAGGGCCAUUACCACAGUACCCAUCUCAUCACAUGCAACAGAUGCCUUCACAGGGACCAGGGUUACCCCAGUAUCAAGGAUACUCGGGCUCCAUGCACCCGCAGUCAAUGCCAGGACCACCUCCACCCAUGCAAUCUCAUCAAGUCCCAAUGGGACAAAGACCGCAAGCCCCACCUUCAUACCCACAAGGACCUUUAGCAUAUCUGGAACAAACUACAUCAAAUAUAGGGCUUCCUGAUAGAAGAUAGAAAAACAAAAAUUCUCAGAACAUUCAAAUGAUAAGAACAGCUGAGCCAAAUUACAUAAAGAAUAAAUAGAUGAUUCUAGGACACUUCUGCAUUAAGCAACAAAUUUUGAUAGUGCAAUGAUAUUAUAUGAAAGUGCAAAUAUAUACUGAAUCCUGA